AUGGCAGUGCCGGAAAUAAUUGAACGAUUGGACGUUUUCACAGAGACUGGAGCAUUAAUAUCAGAGUUAUUAAAUAUAAACACGUCUACUAAGCUGUCAGGCAUAAGAAAUCUUUUAUUAGGCGCCGAGAAGAUUGAAGAACUUGUCGGGUCGAAUUUCGUGUUUUUGAAAAAACACGCACCAAUUUCGAACAAACAAGAAGAGUUUGUUGCGCUAUGUCGUGUUGUAGAAAACGGUAAAGACGCAAAAGCAAAGUUCUUGUAUCUAAGAUUAACUGAUAAACUAACAUGCAAAGAUGGAUCUGCUGUGCCUUGCCCUUACUCAGCAGAGGAAAUUCAGUUGUCAGAAGGCAUCGAGCGUGAAAAACGAACCUACUGGAAUAAACGUAUCCAGGACUUCGCACGAGAUCUACACGAACAGAGACGUACAAAACACGAGGUAUAUGGAAUAAUUGACGUAGAAUGGGUACACAAAAAAUCGGACCUACUCAAAGUAAUGUAUGACAAAGCGAUCCGGUUUCUUGGAGAAAAAGAUAUGGAAUUAUCAGUAAGUCAGAGUCAGACCUCGUCAAAGGCAAACACUAAGUCAAAGUUCGUAUGUCGGGAAAUGGAAUUGGCCAAAAAUUAUGAAGAGUUAUGUAAAGCCGAGUUUGAGCUAAAAACUUGCUACCAAAAAAUUGAGGACAUACAUGCCAAAAAAAAGGAUUUUGAUGUUAGCAACAAAAGCGAAAAAACAAAGUGGUCACGUAAACUGGAGGAACUGGAAAUGGCUUUCGACAAACAUUUUACAAAAUCGAAGCAACAACAAGCUGCUCUUCUUAAGUGUCUCCAAGUCGUAGACAAAGCCAAGAGCAUGACGUUGUCAAACGAAAUGCCGUGUACAGACUUAACCGCUGAUGUUGAUGAAACUAUUGACGAAGAGGAUGUAGAGAAAAUUGCCAAUGAUAUAAAAAACGAUUACUUUGUCGAGGAGAUGUGCGAGAGUGAUUAA